GUAAUCUUGUAAUGGAAGAACAAAGCGUUCCCUUUUGACGCCAAGCACCAUUAUUCAUCGUUUUCGUUGCCUCAUUCAAGGAGAAAAGUUCUAGUUUUGAACACAGAACAUGGCUAGUUGUGUACCUUGUAGUUCAGGUUCUGGAUCUGUGCUCAUUUCCAAAGCAAUAGUGAGCAAAAGUGUCUUCCUAUCACCAAUUCGUAUUGCGCUGAAUGUGGACGGAACCGCAAGUUCCAGUUUCAGCAGAAACUCUCGCUUACGCAUCCGGGUUUCAAUGGUUGAUUCCUCCUCCAAUUUCGCCAAGCGAAUCGAACGAGCCUGGUUAAUCUCUCAGCAACCAACGCCGAUCGUGUGUUCAUCUUGCAACUCAAAAGGGCAUAUUGAAUGCAAAUGGUGCGCGGGUACUGGUUUUUUUAUUAUUGGAGACAACAUGCUUUGCGAAGUCCCAUCCAGAAACACUAGCUGUAUUAUUUGCACUGGAAAGGGAUCAACUUGCUGCUCGAAUUGUCAAGGAACAGGCUUUCGUGCAAAGUGGUUGGAAGAACCUCCUACAUCCGAGUAGGAAAACUUUGCUGAAAGGGUGGAACAUAGCAUUCAAAUCGUGAGAAUUGAAGUUGUAUUAUACCUCAUUUUAGUUCUAUAUUGAACAAUACUGUCUAGUUACUCGUUUUUCUUACAAAUGCUGACAUGUUACUCGAACAGAUCCAUUUGUAUUCUUUUUUUAUACAUGUAUAAAAUGUACAAGUUCCAUUCUUUUGCCAAAUAAAAUAUGGAGGAGCAGUUUUGAAACGACCA